UUUGUAUUUCUUGUUUAUUUCUCAAUCCUAUUCUAAUAAUAUUUGGCGCUUCCUUUAAAAUUUACCGUCUACGAACUGUGGCGCCACCUGAAUUGGAUGCAUUUCGACGGACACUUUUCAUAUACAGAGAUGUUACUCCUUACCUCCAGCCUCCAUAUAUUUAACCAUCAAGGUAAUAUACAUCGUUAAUGGAGAGAAUUUCGUUUGAUCCUUAAACUAGGCGGGAAUGUAACCGGCAAAUGUUUUCCUUUGUAUUUCUUUAUUAACGAAAUUUUACUGAUUUUGUUCUUGUGUAUCUUACAAAAAUGGAGCAAAUAAAUAUGAAUAAUUUAAUUAUAAAAGAGAACAACAGUGAUAACACCGAUAUCAAGAACGCAGAAAAUGAUAGUGGUUCAUUAAGUUUAAUAAAUGGAUCGUCCGAUGAUAACAAUAUACGUUAUCCAAAUGUAUUCGAACAUAAGACAAUAAAACGAAAGAGAGAAGAGAGUGCUGAAGAACUUGAAGAGAAACGUUUGGCACAGGAGAAAUAUGACCAAGAAUUACAUGAACAAAGAUAUAAACGUUUAAUGCAUCUUUUAAAUCAAAGUGAAUUUUAUGCUACUUGUCUGCUGGAUAACAUUUCUUUUGAUUCAUUGGAAGUAAUGAUGAAUAAUAAAAAUAAGGAGAAAGAACUAACAGCUACGAAUGAAAAUAUACCACCGCAUAAAACAAAGAAAAUAAAAAAUGAUAAACAAGAAUAUAAUAGGAAACAAUUAGUUACGAUUAAAAGCAAAAUAAAAAAUAAAUUGAAUUUAAGUGAAGAAGAAAUAGCAGAUGAAUUAUUAAAUUCUGAUUCUCAAAUUCAAGAAGAAAUUGUUGACAUUCCCAAAUAUUUUAAUGGUUCUUUAUAUCCUUAUCAGAAACAUGGCCUGCAAUGGUUAAAAGUGCUUUACGAGAAUGGUUUAAAUGGUAUUUUAGCCGAUGAAAUGGGACUUGGAAAAACAGUUCAAGUAAUAGCAUUGCUAUGUCAUCUUAUAGAGAAGCAACAAUCUGGGCCUUAUUUAAUAAUUGUACCACUUUCUACAUUGCCAAAUUGGAUUUCCGAAUUUGCUAAGUUUGCCCCAUCUUUACCAGUUGUAGUAUUUCAUGGCAAACAAUCUGAAAGAAAAUCUCUCUAUAGCAAAAUUAUCAAAUCUUAUCAUAUUAUGGAUGGAUUUAAAACACCACCGAUUGUAUUGAGUACAUUUGAAAUGCCAGUAAAAGAAUCUAAUUUUAUUUCCAACCAGAAUUGGAGAUAUAUCAUUAUAGACGAGGGUCAUAGAAUUAAAAAUCAUAAAUGUUUAUUAGUAAAGAUUUUAAGAACAUUUAAAUCUAUGAACCGUCUUUUAUUGACCGGUACUCCGCUUCAAAAUAAUCUAGCUGAAUUGUGGUCACUUCUUAAUUUUUUAUUACCAGAUAUAUUCAACGACCUAACUGUCUUUGAGUCUUGGUUUAAUGCUAAUGAGUUGCAACGUAUGGAUGGUAAAGACAAAAUUUUAAAACAAGAAGAAGAAAAGCAAAUUUUAUUAGCAGUGAGGAAAAUUUUGAAGCCAUUUGUUUUAAGACGUGAAAAGGCUGAAGUCAAUAUAAAUAUUCCAUCUAAAAAAGAAGUUGUUGUUUAUGCUCCACUCACAUGCUUGCAACGCGAAUUAUAUACAGCAAUUUUGAAUAAGAAACAACCUGAGGAAAAACUUAUUUUGGAUGAACCAAAUGGCAUUAGACCUAAAAGAAAGUGCGUUUUAAAAAAUGUGCAGAAUAAUUCAAAUGUAUCAACACCUUUUGUAUCAGAAAGAAAAGAUAAACUAACAGAUAAGACAAUAACAGAUCUUGAUUCAUGGAAGGAAGUUAUCAAUGUCACUGAUGAGAAUCGUCAUUUCUUACUCAAUUUACAUUUCAAAAAUAAAUGGUUCGCAUAUAAAAAGAUUGUUAAUCAUCCAUAUUUGCUUUUGAAGCCUGUGGAUUUAGCUUUGUUGCCAAAAGAUAAUAAUCAUUUGCUCAAAUAUUCUGGCAAACUUAUGGUACUGGAUGUAAUGUUAGCUAAGUUAAAAAGCCAAGGCCAUAAAGUUCUUUUAUUUUCAACAAUGACUACGAUGCUCGAUUUAAUAGAAGAUUAUCUUGCAUCACGAGAUUAUAUUUAUGUUAGAUUAGAUGGAUCUGAUAAAUUACAAGAUAGAGAUGUAAAUAUUAAAGAAUUUAAUGAAGAUCCUAAAGUAUUUUUGUUUCUUCUCUCUACUAAAGCUGGUGGAAUAGGACUUAAUCUUGCUGCCGCCGAUACUGUGAUAAUAUAUGAUAGUGAUUGGAAUCCACAAGUAGAUAUACAAGCGAUGGCACGUUGCCAUAGGAUCGGUCAAACCCGUCCUGUUGUAAUUUAUAAGUUCUGUGCUAAAGGAACAAUCGAUGAAGCAAUCGUUACACGUGCUCACGCGAAACGAUUAUUGGAAAAGAUGGUAAUAUCUAAAGAUUUGUCUUAUUCAUUGAAUGCACCUACUAAAAAACUACUUAAAGUAUUGAAAGAACUGUUAGAAUCAACUGAAUUUUCUUCCGUAACAUCUUCAGAUGAUGUAUUCACGGAAGCAGAACUCAAUGAGCUAUUAGAUAGAAGCGAUUUGUUUAACUUUAUCUAUUAUAGAACAAUUAAAUCGAUUUUUACCGCUGACUGAUACCGCCAGUCGAUGUAUUUUGAAGAUUGGUUUGUUUUGAUUUGUGGCGUCUCGCACCAGCGCAGUGUCGACACCUCUCGGCCAACAGCGCGCAGCUGUAGCAGCGCGCGCAGGAAAUGUGCUGACAUCUCUCGGCCGACAGCACUAA